ACCUGUCCUGUUGUCAUAAUGCACAAUCUGCAAAGAGUUCUGCAUUUUUAUGUUCUGACUUGUUUAGGAAGUCAUGUGCUUGGAAGUGUAAUCAUACAUGGAGAAAAGGCCCCAGUGGGAUCAAUGCUGUACAUGGUCUCUGUGCAGAACCACAACAGUCCUAUAUGUGGAGGAUUCCUCAUCAGUGAAGACUAUGUGCUCACUGCCGCACACUGUUACAGGGGAACACAUGUUGUUCUUGGUACCCACAAUCUGUAUGGAAAUGGACAAAGAAUAAAGAUUGCAUCCAAAUGUCAGCACCCAGAUUUUACUGAUAUUCCCUUUGGGAAUGACCUCAUGCUUCUGAAACUGUCUAGUAAAGCUCGGCUGGGCAAUGGAGUGGACGUUAUCCAAAUUCCACAACAUGACAUGAAUUUGAAUGUGAAUCAAAUGUGCCAAGUGGCUGGAUGGGGUUAUACACGUACUGGUCCCAGUCAUGACCUGAUGGUAGUGGACGUAUCUAUCAUUGACCCACAAGUCUGUGCUCAAGAAUGGAGGAGUUCGAUUAAUCUUCCUGCAAAUAUUAUCUGUGCAGGUGGAUAUAGAACGAACAAAGGGUUCUGUCAGGGGGAUUCUGGUGGUCCUCUGGUGUGCAACGGGAUUGCAGUCGGCAUCGUGUCUUUCAACAAGAGGAGUAACUGUCAAUACCCAGAUGUACCCAAUGUCUACAUAGACAUAUCAAAAUACCGUACCUGGAUCAAUGAGAUGAUUGGAGAUACAGAACAAAGCACUUAAUGGUAAAAGUGUUUUGUUUUAGUGUGCAUGGUCAGUGUAUGCUCUGGACCUAAUAUUCAAAAUAAAUUGUGAUUUUUCAAACA